UCAACCCAGUGGCUUUAUGAAAGGCGAAAUCUCACCAUGAGCAGCAGCUGUUUAAAAACCGGUUAGUGGAAGAGAAGGAGCUCGUUUUGGAAGAACCGGGCUUGAACACGGUUCCAUCUCUUCACCAGAGUCUGUUCGGCUUGGGUUAUCCUCCAGCUACAAGUGUAUGCUAUCUGUAUCCCCCCUCCUCAUCGUGCGCUCCAACAACACAAACCACGGGGAAGAGCCAACGGACGUAACGUUAGCCGAGAAGGGAAGUGAGCUCCGGCUACUCUUUCAUCAGGCAGCAGAUGAGGCCGUCCUGGACGAUGUAAUCGGACUGAAGGAUUCAUCUGCAGCAUUCACACCUGAGCGAGACAAAGAAGGGACAGAGGAGGAGGACAUCGAAGACACAAGGAUGGGCGUGGGGAAGAAUACCACCUCUAAGUCGAUGGACAGCAGCAGUGAGGCAGGAAGAUUUGAAGAGGAGAGCAAGCAUGGUGCCGAUUUCUACCCUAUUCCGGUGGUGGUAAACGGCGUGGGCGGUGCCAGUGGAGACCAGGAUACUGAGAACACAGAGCUAAUGGCCAUCUACACAAAAGAUAAUCAAGGAGCAGAAAAGAGCUCAAUGUCUGAGACGUUGGACAGCACAGACAGUAUUGACGCACGGAGGAUGGACAUGAUCUAUACUAUUGAAGACACCCCACCCUGGUAUCUGUGUGUGUUCUUGGGCUUACAGCACUACUUGACAUGUUUCAGUGGAACUAUCGCCGUGCCGUUCCUCCUAGCUGAGGCGAUGUGCGUCGGCUUCGAUCAGUGGGCCACCAGUCAGCUCAUUGGCACCAUCUUCUUCUGUGUGGGGAUCACCACCCUGCUACAGACCACGCUGGGCUGCAGGUUGCCUUUGUUCCAGGCCAGCGCUUUCGCCUUCCUCGCACCAGCCAGAGCCAUCCUGUCACUGGACAAAUGGAAGUGUAAUAACACAGGAUUAGAGGUUCCACUAUUCAACAGCACAGAGCUCCUCAACACAGAACACAUCUGGCACCCAAGGAUACGAGAGAUCCAAGGGGCUAUCAUCGUGUCGUCUCUAGUCGAGGUGUGUAUCGGAGCGCUGGGUCUGCCCGGGCUCCUGCUGAAAUACAUCGGGCCUCUGACCAUCACCCCCACCGUGACCCUCAUCGGCCUGUCUGGAUUCCAGGCCGCGGGGGAGCGAGCUGGAAGACACUGGGGCAUUGCUAUGCUGACUAUCUUCUUGGUGCUGCUCUUCUCUCAGUAUGCCAGAGACGUCCACUUCCCUCUGCCGGUCUACAAGGCCAAGAAAGGCUGGACUUCCUACAGGCUGCAGGUCUUCAAAAUGUUUCCUAUCAUCAUGGCCAUCAUGGUGUCAUGGCUGAUGUGUUUCAUUUUCACUGUGACUGACGUUUUCCCGCCGGAAGUAGACAAGUACGGCUACCACGCCCGCACAGACGCACGUCAAGGAAUCCUCAAAGCUGCACCGUGGUUUAAGAUCCCAUACCCCUUCCAGUGGGGCAUUCCGACUGUAACACUUGCCGGUGUGAUCGGCAUGAUGAGUGCUGUUGUGGCCAGCAUCAUUGAAUCGAUCGGAGAUUACUACGCCUGCGCACGUCUCUCUUGUGCUCCACCACCUCCCAUCCACGCCAUCAAUAGGGGGAUAUUUGUAGAAGGUAUUUCCUGUGUGCUUGAUGGUCUUUUUGGGACAGGAAAUGGCUCCACCUCCUCCAGUCCAAAUAUAGGUGUCCUGGGAAUCACAAAGGUGGGCAGCAGACGUGUGAUUCAGUAUGGAGCCGCCAUGAUGCUGCUGCUGGGGCUCGUGGGUAAAUUCAGCGCCCUGUUUGCCUCUCUGCCCGACCCCGUCCUGGGAGCUCUGUUCUGCACCCUGUUUGGUAUGAUCACAGCGGUGGGACUCUCCAACCUGCAGUUUGUCGACCUUAACUCCUCCAGGAACCUCUUUGUUCUGGGUUUCUCCAUCUUCUUCGGUCUGAUGCUGCCGAGCUACCUCAAACAGAACCCACUGGUCACCGGCAUAGUUGGGGUUGACCAAGUGUUGAACGUGCUCCUCACCACUGCAAUGUUUGUCGGCGGUUCGGUCGCCUUCAUUUUGGACAAUACUAUCCCUGGUACCCCAGAAGAACGAGGCAUCAAGAAGAUGAAACGUGGCGCUGGUCUCAGUGCAGCAGAACUGGAAGGGAUGAGAUCGUAUGAUCUGCCGUUUGGAAUGGACUUUAUCCGCAGACACGACGUCUUUAAGUACUUCCCCAUCAGCCCCACCUUCCAAGGCUAUCAGUGGGGGAGGCUACGGGAAACAUGCAGGAGCAGAACGGGACAUGGGGAUGUGGUGAAGGGGGGAGGAAUGGAAGGGGAGGCAGUCACAGCACUGGGGGAGAGUGGGGUAUAGCCAACGGGCUGAUGCUGCAAAAUCUUAAAUGUGGCUAAAUCUGGGGAGCAAAGGAUGGUACACUAGAAUAAAUGGAUGGGAGAGUGGAGGACAGAAGCGAAGACAUGCAGGAUUCUGGAUUGUGUGUGUGAUGCACCCCCCUCAGUAUGUGUUUUCUUUAGCUUGUGUCAGUCUUUUUCCCACUUUCCACUAUGCUAUUUUAAGCAUGCUAUAGCAAGUCACAGCAUGCUGUAAAAGAUGUCACCAUGCAGAGGUUAAUUGGCGUGUGUGCAUGUGUGUAUGCAGCAAGAGAACGGGUUUGUGCAAUAAUUUAUUUGCACUUUAAUCCAUAAAGAGAAAAAUGGAUGUCAAACAAUCGAAGCUGAAUGUUUGAUGAUGAUCAUGUGCUAACUUGUACUGCCCAAUAUUACAAAACAUAUUCUACCGAAAACUCGGUAGAAUUGAUUAUGUCAAUCGAGGAUUAUGCAAGAUUUCUGUAAUGAAUCAUUAGCCUCUAAACUUGUUAUGCAACUACAUUAGAGACACACACGUGCUCACACACCAACAGCCUCACCAAAACUAGCUUGAGCGCUACAAUGCACGUCAGGGUCAUGCAGAUAGAAGUGGUGUGUCAGCUGCCCUUAGCCAUGCAAAUUGAUUGUGAUUUUUUUAUUUUUGCACUAUCUGCCUACUGAGUUCAAAAGCAGAAGGUCACUCUGCAGCUCGUGCCCCCAUUUCUUCAGUAAAACUCCUCAGAGACCCCUUACUCAGCACUUCCUGUCCGCUCAUCUCGCGCUAAAGAAACUCUCAUCCCCUCACAUUUUUCUGAGGUAGUCGAGCGCUAUUAUUCACAAUAUCUCCAACAUACCAUUUUACAUCUCUCUAAUGUGUCAGUAUUAUGCAAGUUACUAGCAAGACUAAACGCACCCUAAACUUGUUUUACUCAAUUAUGGAACAACAUUUAUUUUUUAUUUAGUAACGUUAAUUUGCUUAUUUUAUGUCCUCUUUAACACAGGAAGGCACACACAAAACAAAACAAACUUUUUAAAAUAAUAAUAACACCUCUGCUGCCGUGAUGUCAGCAGUUACAUUAAUGGCACACAGUAACAGACAUGUUGCCUUGUCAGAGGCACCUGUGAACAUAAACACUCGUAUUAUUACUAAAGAAUAUAAAAUACUUUGGAUCUUCUCUCACAGGUGUGCUCUGCUUUUAGCAGUAAAGUUAAUGUAGGACUUGCACAUAAAUGAUGCACCCCUGGCACUAUCCAAACCCACUUUACAUCAGUACAUUCAGUUAGCCUGUACAUAAUUGUACCAGUGGUUUUGUUUGCAUAUGGAGAAUUUAAAUGUAAUAAGAGGGCUUAGAGAGAGUUUAUUUAUUUUUCUUCUCUGGAUUGACUCACAGAUGAUGCAGAUGUCAUUAACAGUUUUAACUUAUUUAAGAAUGUUGAUUAAUUCCCUUACAUUCCUCCUCCUCCCAUCCUCGGCCUCCCACUCUUAUCUCACUUUAAUUAACUGCUGAUGUUUGUAACUGUUCAUGUCUGUUGUGGUUCAGGCUGUGGCGGCACAUUUAGCUGAGUAACUGAAAGUUUCAGAGAAUCAGCAGCCUUUAACUCAUUAAUCCUGAAGAGGGAGUCUCUAAUUUGACCACACUGUGUGCCUCUAGUGUUUCUAAUUGGGGAAAAAAGCAAUUUUGCAACAAUAUUAUCUUAAAUGAUCAAAAAGUAGCACAAUGAGAAAAAUAACAGCUACUAAAUAUUUAGUUUUUUACUAAACCAAAAAGCUAAAGAUUAUUUUAUUUUUUAUUUCUGCUGAUUGAUCUGUUACCACAUACCAAAACGUUUCUUUAAGCAUUGGCAUUUGUAGUUAUUAAGAAACUUAAAAAAUGUGUUUGAAAUUUUCAUCCCAAAUUUCCUCGCUUUUAAAAAAAUCUCUUUUGUUAAAGCUAUUUAUUUAUUUAAGAGCAGAAAGUUGAUGUUUAAUGAUUGCUUGAAGCAGGUCUAUGUGUCUUUUGCACAGUGUUGAAAGUAUAUUUAUUAGUUUACUUGUCCAUGCCCUGUAACGAUCAAUGCCGAUGGACCGCCCUCAGCUACAGUGGUGCUUUUAGAAGCUCAGCUGGGGACAGCAUCUUUUUCUAAAGAUGUUUUCCAAUGUAAGCUGCUUCUAUUUCAUUCCAUUUAUAUUAUGUUGUUUUAAAAAGAGAAAAACACUUGUUGGAACUGGAUAGUUAAGUCAAAUUUCAUAAUCAGGGCCUUUUUGCUACAAGUACUGUUUGCACAUGUAAUGGUGCCAAGAACAUCAGGGUGUCAGAGUGAGUAAUACUCACUGACAUGAAACCCUAAAAUUUCACUAGUUUAAUAAAGUAUGAACGUUGUUUUGUUUGAUGACCUGAAGACAAGGGGCUGAUGAUUGAAAAUGUUUGGGCCUUUUGUGUAUGAUAGCGUGGUCAGCUGUAGCCCCAGUUAUGACCUCGGCACUCAGUAUGAUAAUCUCAUUCGGUCACAUAAUGCAAAUGUUGGUGGAAAAACUCUUAACAUAUUUUUUUACCUGUUAUCCAGCCAUGGGUGGGUUGCAUCUUCAAAGGUAUUUUUGUGAUCUUACAGAUGUCUGCUGUCUGCCGGGUUUGAUAAAAAAUGGGACAAAGUUAAAAUCUCUUAUAUUUCCACAGACUGUGCUGCUCCGCUCUGCUGUUCUACUUUGCUAGAUGUCUUUUAGCUAGCCUGUAGUACUAUACUGGCAGUGACCCGUGUACUGUAUAUCACAUACUUUAUUUGGAUGUUACCAAAAAAUGACUCAUGACCCAAUGCAUUAUUUCUCUCGUACACAAAAGCCACAUACUAUGCAGUUGGAAUGCACUACAUACUCAUAAGUAUGUUAUACUUAGUAGAAAUUUAUGUUAGUAUUCGAUUUCCAACACAGCCCCUGUAUUCAAACAGGGGAGGUACCAUUUUCAGUUAAAACUUUGAAAAUGCAGUAUGUAAUAAAGUUAGAUAAAAACAGGUAACCAUAGCUAAAAUUCCAGUCACAGAAACUGAUGUGUGGCAGAGUGUUUGGAAAUGAUGAUUUAAAUGUUUGUUUCACUAAAUAUUAGAUUUUUCUGUGAUGUAUGACCAAAUGAUGGAGAAACAAAAGGAGUGCUGAAGUCACAAAAGAGGCUCGACUAGUGACCAAUGAUGUGUGCAGAAACUGUAAAUCUAAAACCUCACCAUCAUCAUCUAAAUGUGUGCUGUGCUCAGGACUGGCAGCUGGAUGGCUGUAGAUUGGAUGCAGCGUUAUCGGGUGGUAGUUAAAAUCAGCCAUUUGUUAUUAGCACACCAGCUGAUGCUUCUGGCUUCCUCGCCCACGCUGCGUGACCUCGCUGCAGGAGCAGGUUCUGAUCAAGUUAGAGGUCAGAGAGCAGUCGCAUCCUCCUGCUCCUUCUCUUAGAAAGGAGAGACAAUGGAGGUGGUUUGACAGUUUUUGGAACCUUUUGUAGUGAUUCUUUAGAUCAUUGCAUGCACACAUAAAAAUCACAUGCACAAUGUGUGAACUUUCUGUUUCAGAUGUUCAUGCAACCAUCACUUCUCCCAUCACAUCCUCUACACACACACACACACACACACACACAUUCUGUUUAACCCUUCAGUCCUGCAGUAAAAUUGUAUUGGUGUCCUCAAGUUUACUGUACCUGGUUUUCUCCCCGGGAAUUCUUACUGUUGACGUUUCUGGAUGCAGGACACUGGCUGGCCACCUUAUUAAGAUACUGUUGGUCGUUGUCAGCUGAGUGAACCUGCCUUCUCACUUAACGGCUAGAUUAACAUUGGAAAUCGUUUUGCCUACAGGCAACUUCCUCUUGUUUUGAGCUUUUACCCUCCAGAUUUUAUUUGACUUAUUUCUCUCACGGUUGUUAAAGUAAAACACUUUGGAUUUCAUAAGCACAGACGCUUCCUUGAAUCUCAUACACGUCAGUUUCACCAACAGCUCUUAAGAAGGUGGCCAUAAGGUGUGAAACACAAAGACAUCCAUCCCUUUCAGUUAUUUUGAAGGGGGUGCGACCUAAAUAAUAUACUUUUGUGUAAUAAGUGUUUUAUGUUUUUGGGUUUUUUUUAUACAUUAUUUUUAUGUUUUUGCAAACCGAUAUUUGUAAGAAACAAAUCAUAACUUUUAAUCUUAAUUCAUGCUGGAAAAUGCACCAUUUUGUUGUACUUUUUAUUUUAAAAGUAAAUACAUUUUGAUCCUAUUUUGAAUCUGUGGUUUGGUGGAAUUCUUUCGUGUGUUUUGUUAGGACUUUUUCAUAUUAUAUUUUUUUACUCUAACAUUGCUUUCUGUCCAUGUUAACACAUUACCAGUAAAAAUUAAAGGUCACGAUGAGAAACUUUAAAUAGAUGUAAAAACAAUAUGUAUAUUUAAUGGAGUAAAGUUUGCUAAAAUUGAGAAAUUGUGUAAACUAAUGGUAGCAACAAAAUGUUUUAUUCUAUGUUCCUAAAAAUAUUUAACAAGAUGUUACUGAAUCAA